UUAGUGAUUAGUUUUUGUUCUUGGUCAAAUUCUUUAAUUAUUAGUUUGAUUAGAUUUGAUUAAUUUAAUCCUGUUAAAUACUCUGUUUAAUUAAUAAGUACGCCGCCCACUACCGUUAGUUUCCGAGUAAAGUUGGUUAAUGCUCAACCCUCUUAACUCCCAGCUAUCAUCAUCCAUUUUCAAUCUGUCUUUCUGCUUCCCUUUCUCUCUCUCUCUGCAAAUUUCACUUCAUUGUUGUCUUUUCUUCUUCCUACUUGUUUCUCUCUGUUUUUUCUAGCUGUAUAUACAUACAUACAUAUAUAUAUAUAUAUACACACAGAGGCACAGAUAUGAAGCAGCAACGCUCGAAACACCAACCGGAGAGAACAUGGGCUGAAAUGUGUUGUUUGGCUUGCUCCUGCCUACAGUUGUUCUGGCCCCGAGUUGUAAUGCGCAAAUGGCUCAACAUCAACGCCAAAGAUUCCGAUUACAGCGCCGAUACCGAAGAUGAGGAUACCGAUUACGAUUCAGAAGUUGAAGAAAACUGUCAAUGGAGGAGAGAAUCUCGGUUUGCAAGAGACAAACCGGAGGGUGUUCAGGUUGAUCUUAGUGAUGCUCUUCCAAGGCUAAGACGACGAAAUUCAGAAACCUUUAGGGCACAAUAUAUAAAUACAAAGGAACUCAGGAUACGCGUCGGUACAUGGAAUGUUGGAGGAAGGGCUCCUCCUGAUGACCUAGAUAUUGAUGAUUGGAUAGAUGUCAAUGAACCUGCUGACAUCUAUGUACUUGGUCUUCAGGAGAUUGUACCAUUAAAUGCUGGGAAUAUUUUUGGUGCUGAAGAUAACCGCCCAGUUUCAAAGUGGGAAGAUAUAAUUCGUGAAACACUUGAUAGGAUUAGAUGUUCGAUGAAAAAGAUCAAAUGCUAUAGUGAUCCCCCAUCUCCAUCAAAGUUUAAGCCAUUUGUUGAUGUUCCUGAUAUAGAAGAGGAAAUAAUGCUUGAAACUGAUAGUGAUAUUGGCGAAGAAGUCCAUCCAUUGGAUGAAGAAUACAAUGAUUUUGGUGAACUGAAGGAUGGACCAAUCACUGGUGAAAACAUGCUUGCAUGUUCUGGAGGCGAUUUCACUGAUAAUUCUAAAUCUGACAUGUCAAUACAGAACGAUUUACAAAGGCAAGUUUCUUCUCCAAAGAGGUUAGAUAGGCUAUACUGCUUACGAACAGAAAGUUUUGCUGAAAAGGUAGAAGCACCAGUUGCUCAAAAUAAUGGCAAAUUAAACAGAUUGCUUAGUGGAUCUGAGAGGAUUGGUUUAACCUGGCCCGAAUGCCCAUUGAAUUUGCUAUCUCAGCAUGUUUUGGAGAGACCAAAUUCCUUCAAAAUAAUGAAGUCUUUUAAAACCUCCAAGUCAUUCGGAACUUAUAGCUCUUUCAAGUUGAAAGGGAGUCAAGGGCCUUCAGAAAUAGCUUUACUUGCAGAUAUUGACUUUAAAUCCCUGAUGAAGCAAAAAAGAAAAUCAUCAUAUGUGAGAAUAGUAAGUAAGCAGAUGGUUGGGAUUUUCCUAACCAUAUGGGUUCGAAGGGGCUUGCGCAAGCAUAUACACAACUUAAAGGUGUCUACUGUAGGCGUUGGUGUUAUGGGCUACAUAGGUAACAAGGGAUCUAUAUCUGUCAGCAUGUCCAUCUAUCAAACAUUUUUUUGCUUUGUAUGCACUCAUCUAACAUCAGGUGAAAAAGAUGGAGAUGAACUCAAGAGAAAUGCUGAUGUCAAUGAAAUACAUCGAAGAACUCACUUUCAUUCACUUCCAGCAAUUGGCAUCCCCAAAAGCAUCCGGGACCAUGAAAGAAUAAUUUGGUUCGGUGAUCUAAACUAUCGUAUUAACUUAUCGUAUGAGAAAACACAUGACUUGAUAUCCAAAAAGGAGUGGUCCAAAUUACUUGAAAAGGAUCAGCUUACACGAGAACUUAGAAAAGGUCGGGCAUUUGAUGGAUGGUCAGAGGGAACUUUAAAUUUUCCACCAACAUAUAAAUAUGAGAUAUACUCAGAGAAGUACUCUGGAGGGGAACCGAAGGCUGGCAGGCGUACUCCAGCAUGGUGUGACCGCAUCCUUUCAUUUGGUAAGGGGAUGAGGCUACUGAGUUAUAGGAGGAUUGAGCUUAAUAAUUCCGAUCAUCGACCAGUGACUGCCACAUUUAUGGCUGAAGUUGAGGUGUUUUGUCCAAGGAAGCUACAGCGGGCAUUGACUUUUACAGAUGCAGAAAUUGAAAAUGAGGAUGUUAUAGCGGACAUGGGAAUCGAUGUUGGCGUGAUCUAGUUUAAGUAUGAUCAGGACAAGGGAGGCUGACCGGUGACAAAACCUAGGAGUGUGAGCUCCUAAGCUCUGGGUAGUAGCACACCUUAAAUUGAUUUACAUGAUUUAUUUAUUCAGUUAUCAUACUGUACAUUGCGGUCAUCAUGUAAAUGUGCUAGUUCUAGGGGGUUUGCUGGCAGGUUUUAGAGAAAAGUUACAUGAUUUGUUGGGUCAAUAUACGUGUAUUAAUGUAUAUUAGAAAUUAUACCCUUCUGCCCCGCCACUCUUCUGAUUAUAUAGGUGUAAAUAAAAACUGAACUAAAGUUUGUGCAAUCUAACAAAGGAGGAAUUAAAAAAGGAGAGAGGGUGAUUUCGUCAUAUAGUUGCUUCAAGUCCUUUUUGAGCUUGCGAGACGGGACAUUCGUGUUUCCUGUAAAUGUUAUCUUGUGCUACAUGUUAUACACAUCUUUAUAUUAACAUCCCUUUUAUUUUC